AUGGCUUUGGCAGGCGCCGACGAGGGUGCAGCUGGGGAAAGGCAGCUGGAACAGCACGAUGCAAUCCAGGCUGAACUGAAAGUCCUGGUCCUUGCAGACCGAAGACCAAGCAGACUGCGAGUGGACAUGAGCACUGAAGCAGAGGCAAGGAAAGUAAUAUUUUUGGUUAGGAAAGAAAGUAAUGUGAAGAACAUGGUCCUUGCAGUCCGCCUGCCAGCCCAAAAUGAGGCUCCUGAUGUGCUGGAGUAUAAUAUUAAAGAAGAAAAAUCGAUUCUAUACCUGGAAGGAUCUGUCCUGGUGUUUGAGGAUGUCUUCAAACUCGUUGCCUUCUACUGUGUCAGUAGGGAUUUACUGCCCUUCACCCUGAAGUUACCACAAGCAAUAUUAGAAGCCACUAGCUAUGAAGAUCUUGAAGUUGUCUCUAGUCUGGGGAUAGAUUUCUGGGAUUCCUACUUAAAUCAUAGAAGAGGAGGGGAGAUAUCUCACCCUGCAAAGGCCUCUGCUUUCAGCACGACCCAGGCAGACAGUUUAAGACCAACCCAGUGUUUUGCAAGUAGCACAAACCACUGCUCAUGUGAAAUUGAGCUGUCAAUAGGAAAUGACAGGCUGUGGUUCGUGAAUCCUAUUUUUAUAGAAGAGUGCAGUAAUCCUUUUCCCCCACACGUACUGCCUCCAAAAAGCCAUGCUGUGAGCGCCCAUCUCCCCUCUGCCACCACGGUCUCUGAAAAGAGGUCCCCCCGCCGUCCGCCGCCACCUCCACCUUCUCAUGGUCAAGCUCUGAAGUCCUCUCUGAAGCUCCCCCAAGAUCCUAUGACUGCCUGUGAAGGAAAUCAGCUGCUGCUUCAACCCCUGGGAAAGAACAUCAAGGAAAUGAAAAUUGGGGGCAGUGACAGUAAAGAAGAAGGAGGGAAGCAAAGCUGCUCAGCCAAGGAGCUGAGCCCCAAGAAGUGCUCCCAGCCCUCCGUCCCCCCGCGCAGGCGGCUGUCGGAGAGGACCUCGGAUGAGAGCAGUGUGGUUAAGCCUGGAAGUUGCAAAGUGCUGAAAGGGGAACACACAGAUGAAAAGCGGGAAACCAGUCCUGAGAGUGGAGAUAAAAAGCUGUUGUGCAGAAAGGCUGCAGAAAUGCCCAGGGAGGUUCCUGAAGGAGCCGUAGCGCAGUUUCAGGAGACAACGCCUGAACCUGCAGAGAAGAAGGAGGACAUGCGAGAGGCAAAAAUGAAUGCCACUGAGAAAGGAAAGACACCUCCUAUUCCACCACCAAGAAGGAAGAGACUUUCUCAGGCAGCAAGUAUCCCCAGGUCUUGCCAGUUGAAGCAAAGAACAUCUGGAGGACUGAGCUCAGCUGUGGUGGUGCCCUCAUCCAAGGAUGCCUCGCCAUCCAAGGCUGCCGGUGCCACUUGCACAAAUGCUGAGGCGGGAUCGGGACGUUGCCGCAAAUCCAUCAACUCUGCAGAACUGAAAGGUUCGCACUCCUCCCUGGAGGGCCAAGGAGGCAAUGCCGUGGCUCAGGCAUCCGCAUCCGAGCCAGACUCCUACUCCACCAGCAGCACAGAGGAUGACCUAGAGGUGCUGGCUUUUCCAUCUGGAAAAAAAACACGUUCUGUGAUCUUGGGCAAGGCCAAGAACAGGCUGUCCUUUGUGAGCCUGUCUAAUGUCUUCACAGUUUUUUUGUCUAGUGACAGAAAGCUGCAGAAGAAGAUAGUGGAGCUGGCACAGGACAAGGAUUCAUACUUUGGCAACCUGGUGCGGGACUACAGAGUGUACAGUUUAGAGAUGAUGGCGAAGCAGAGCUCCAGCACAGAGAUGCUACAAGAAAUCCGGAUGAUGAUGACUCAGCUGAAGAGUUACUUGGUGCAGAGCACUGAGUUGAAAACUUUGAUAGACCCAGCUGCCUACACUGAGGAACAAAUAGAUGUGAUUGCUGAGUCAGCUUUGUACAAAUGUGUCUUGAAACCUUUAAAAGAAGCCAUUGAUUCUUAUUUGAAAGAAAUUCACACCAAAGAUGGAUCUUUACAGCAGCUGAAAGAAAAUCAACUUGUGAUACAAAACACAACUACUACUGACCUAGGCGUCACAACCAGUGUGCCUGAAACUGUUGUACUGGAAAAAAUCCUUCACAAGUUCACGACCAUGCACAAGGCCUACUCCCCAGAGAAGAAGAUUGCCAUCUUGCUGAAGUCCUGUAAGCUCAUCUAUGACUCCAUGGCUCAGGGGAACCCAGGGAAACCAUAUGGUGCAGAUGACUUCCUCCCUGUGCUCAUGUAUGUGUUGGCCCGAAGCAACUUGGCUGAAGUCCUUCUGAAUGUGGAGUACAUGAUGGAGCUCAUGGACCCUGCUCUGCAGCUAGGGGAAGGUUCAUAUUAUUUAACAACCACCUACGGGGCCCUGGAGCACAUCAAGAAUUACGACAAAAUAACUGUCACGCGGCAGCUGAGCGUGGAGGUGCAGGACUCCAUCCACCGCUGGGAGCGACGGAGGACACUGAACAAGGCCCGGGCUUCCCGCUCCUCGGUGCAGGAUUUCAUCUCUAUCUCUUUUCUGGAGAUCGGUGCUCAGUCACGGACUCUGGCCUCCCGGAGCGACACCACGGCCGAGCAGCUCAGCCAGCAGUGCGCAGAGAAGUUCGACGUCUCCCAGCCCAAGGACUACAGACUCUUUGUCUAUGUUGAUGAGCAGUGGUUGCAGCUGGACAAAGACGCCCUCCCUCACCAUAUCAAAGCCUCCCUGCUGAAGAGUGAAACCAAGAAAGAUUUCCACUUUAUUUAUAAACCAAUAGACCAUACAAAGCCACCCGUUCGUCUUGUCAAGGAGUCAGACUUUCUCUAAGGGCAGUGCUGCUCUUGUACUGUGUAUGAUGUGGUCCUGGAAGGGCUCAGAUGGUUUAAUCUUGUGAGAUCCUCUGUUACCUGCAGG